AUGGAUCGACUACUGGAAGAACCACCUGAGAGUGCAGCCCUCGACCGAACUCCGCCGAACCUUCUGACUUUGCCAUUCGAGAUUCGGAAGCGUAUCCUGAAGCACCUUCUUUCCACCAACCUGGAAGAAAAUAUUGUUACUGGCUACCGACACGACAUGCCUGAUUCUUGGGAAGAUCUCGAGGUCCGGCGUCAAGAAACCAUGCUGAACGUUGCAGAUUUUUUUGAGAACCAUUACGUGCCCACUUUGGGUUACAACCUCACUCCAAAGGUGCUUUGGACGUGCAAACAGAUCUUAUGCGAGGGCACAGCCAUACUUGUCGACGAUAAUGAUUACAUCGCCCUCAGGUAUCAAGAAUUCCCAACCACAUUUGGCCCAGCCAUGAAAGAGUACAUGAUGAAGAGCGGGAUACUGACAUUCUGGGAGAACCCUGGGAUUUUCAAGUUGCCGGCUUCUCAAAACGUAUUUGGACGACCUGUGAUGACAAUCGACCUCAAGUUCUCUGAGGACAAGAGCCUUGCUCUAACUACAGUAAUUGUCCCUUUUGCUACACUCAACAACCUCUGUCAGGCUUUGUGCGCAUCCGCUUAUUAUUCGGAUGAUGCUGUAGAGAAAAACGAGCUUAUCCGCAGGCCGAAAAUUUUGCUCAACUUUUGCGUCAAGAGAAUUCCAGACUGGAAGAAACUUGGAUUCAAAGUGGUCGUCUACCAUCUGCAGACACAUCUUUUCGAUUGGUUUCAAGAUGUCAUCUGGUCCGUAUCUUGCGAAGCACCUACGACUGGUCUCGAUCUUGAGCUCAAAAUAAGAGAUUGGAUCUUGGAACGUCCAACUGGGGCCUCAUUGACGUGGUCCCAAUGGGGAAAGCAAGUUGUGGACACCUGGGCGGCAAGUGUUUCCUUCGUGGAAUUCAACGCGCUCCUGGCUUUUGACUGGACGUACGAAAUCUUUGAUUCGCCGGACUUGGAUGUGGAUCAACUCGUCUUAUGGACUCACUUCUACCUCGGGAUGAGUCUCUUAGAGCGAGCGAACAGCAAGCUGAAGCUUGAUCACGAUCUCCAAGACUAUUACCGCCAGGCUAGGUCUGUGGAAUUUUACUUGCCACACUGGGAGUGCUUCCCCACAAACACGGGACAUCAGGCCAGGCUAUCUUUGGCGAAUGGCAUUGCAGCUGGUAGCCUCCCGCUCUUCCAACAUCGCCAGGAUCAAUUUGAGAAUGCUCUCAAGUGGUGCUUGACAAUUCUACGGAACACGAACAAGAAAUUUGACUCCGAGAAACUCAACCAGUUCGACCUGUCCCUCAAUAACAGUAUCUGGGAAGCUAUCGCACAGCUCUUCGACAUGGAAGAGGAAAUCCCAGAGGCAAUCGCACAAGCAAUACUUGACAAAUUUGGUGAAAUGUCGCCGGUGACACUGAACGUGGAGGGAGCCUUUGACGACUCCGAUGGUGACUGA